AUGUUUCAUCUGAUCAAGAAAGACAAGGACAAGGAUAAGGAUGAGAGGAAGAAGGACAAAAAGGAGAGGAUGUCCCAGGCAGAGCUGAAUAGUCUGGAGGAAAUGAGCCAGAGGCGGGGCUUCUUCAACCUCCACCGAGGAGGCUCUAAGCGGGACAACAAAGGCAAGCUGGAGAUCUCCAGCCCCAUCCCUAUCAAGGUAGCCAGCAACACAGAGCUCAGCUUUACUGAUCUAGAUGCUGAUCGCUUCAGCAACCGUGGCAGCAUGGUCCUGGACUUGGGCCAGAUGAGUGCCGCCAGCUCCAGUGAUGACAUCAAGGGGGAGUGGGGACAGGAUCCCCGUCGCACCUCUGUUAAGGAGCGAGCGGCCAAGUUCGGCAGCCUGGCAAAGCAGCACUCCCAGGUGGGCCAGGUCAUGAAGCGCUUUUCCUCCCAGAAAAACAAAGAGGGGAGUGUCUCUGAGGCCUCCACACCAAGCUCAACACAACCAUCUCCCCAGAUAGAGAACAAGGUGUUUGACCACCACAGACAUGACUCCCAUCUGCAUCUCCAGGGCCACGGCAGGGCUGGGAAGAGGGUUCAUAUCCCAGAGGUGGUGGAGAAGACCUUCCCGGCAGACCUGCAGCUGCCUGGCGUCUUGGCGCCGCCCAUGCCUGAGCUCAGGGAACUGGAGCUACAGCGCCGCAACACAGGAGACUUUGGCUUCUCCUUGCGCCGCACAACCAUGUUGGACCAGCAGCCUGAUGGUGGGGUCUACCGCCGCGUGGUUCACUUCGCUGAGCCUGGUGCCGGGACCAAGGACCUGGCGCUGGGUCUGGUGCCUGGAGACAGGUUGGUUGAGAUCAACGGGCACAACGUGGAGAAUAAGAGCCGGGACGAGAUCGUGGAGAAGAUCCGUCAGUCUGGGGACUUUGUGAGGCUGAAGGUGCAGCCCAUUGUGGAGCUGAGUGAGCUGAGCCGCUGCUGGCUGAGGAACAGCAGAGAGGCCUACGAUGUGAAGACUGAGGAGCAGGUAGCUGCUGAGAAGGCCUGGUACGGGUCUGAGAAAGUAUGGCUGGUUCACAAGGAUGGAUUUUCCUUGGCGACCCUGUUGAAGACGGAGCCAGGCAGUCUGCCAGAGGGGACAGUCAAGAUCAGACUGGAGAGCGACGGCUCGUUGCUGGAUGUGGAUGAGGAUGAUGUGGAGAAGGCAAAUCCUCCAUCGUUUGACCGUGUGGAGGACCUGUCCUCGCUGCAGUACCUCAAUGAGUCCAGUGUGAUGCACUCCCUGCGCCAGCGCUACGGGGGCAACCUCAUCCACACCCACGCUGGACCCAACAUGGUGGUCAUCAACCCCAUCAGCACUCCCUCCAUGUACUCUGAGAAGGUGAUGCACAUGUUUAAGGGGUGCAGGAGGGAGGACACAGCGCCUCACAUCUAUGGCGUGGCCCAGUCAGCCUAUAGGAAUCUGUUGACCACCCGUCAGGACCAGUCCAUUGUGCUACUGGGAAAGAGCGGCAGUGGCAAGACCACCAAUUGUCAACACCUGGUUCAGUACCUGGUCACCAUCGCUGGCAGCACUGGCAAGACCUUCUCUGCGGAAAAGUGGCAGGCAGUCUACACCAUCCUGGAGGCCUUUGGGAACAGCUCCACCUCCAUGAAUGGAAACGCCAGUCGCUUCUCUCACAUCGUGUGCCUGGAUGUUGACCAGGCUGGUCAGGUGGCCUCGGCCUCCAUUCAGACCAUGCUGCUAGAGAAGCUAAGAGUGACCAGGCGGCCAGAGGGAGAGUCCACUUUCAAUGUCUUCUACUAUAUGAUGGCUGGAGCUGACAGCUCUCUCAAGACUAAGCUGCACUUCAACCACUUUGCUGAAAACAGUGCUUUCGGAAUCGUGCCUCAACCCAAGUCUGAAGACAAGCAGCGGGCCUCCCAGCAGUUCACCAAGCUGCAGGCAGCCAUGAAGGUCCUGGGCAUCAGUGGGGAGGAGCAGAGGGCCUUCUGGCUGGUCCUGGGGGCCAUCUACCACCUAGGGGCUGCAGGAGCCACCAAGGACGCAGACAAAGCCGGUAGGAAACAGUUUGCACGUCAUGAAUGGGCGCAGAAGGCCGCCUACCUGCUGGGCUGCACUCUAGAAGAGCUCUCCUCCUCCGUCUUCAAGCACCAGGCCAAGGGCACCCUGCCCAGAGCCAGCUCUAUACGCCAGGGGACGGACGAUGCAGCAGAAGACUUCUCAGGUUCCAAGGCCACAGCCAUGGAGUGUUUAGAAGCCAUGGCAUCUGGGCUGUACUCAGAGCUCUUCACCCUCCUCGUCUCCCUCAUUAACCGUGCUCUGAAGUCCAGCCAGCACUCUCUGUGCUCCCUGCUCAUCGUGGACACCCCGGGCUUCCAGAACCCUCGCCUGGCCAAGCGGGAGCGCGGAGCCACCUUUGAAGAGCUCUGCCACAACUACACCCAGGAGCGCCUGCAGACACUGUUCUAUCAGCGCACCUUUGUACAGGAGCUAGAGAGAUACAAAGAGGAAAACAUAGAGUUCGCAUUAGAUGACAUGGAGCCCAGCACAUCUCUGUCUGUAGCUGCAGUAGACCAAGCGCCAAGUCAAGCCCUGGUGCGGACGCUGAGGACUGAUGAGGCUCGGGGCCUGUUGUGGCUGAUGGAAGAGGAGGCUCUGCAGCCUGGGGGUUCAGAGGAUACUCUACUGGGACGCCUCUUCAGUUACUAUGGCCCUGCUGAGGGAGAGAGCAAAGGUCACACCUUGCUGCUGAAGAGUGGGAAGCUGCAUCACUUUCUGUUGGGUCACAGUCAUGGGACAGACUGGGUGGAGUAUGACGCCCGUGGUUGGCUGAGCCAUGCCAAACAGAACCCUGCCUCUAACAACGCAGGGAGUCUCCUGCAGGACUCCCACAAGGAGAACAUUAGUGGUCUGUUUAUGAGCCGAGGAAGCGGGGCCACCACCCUGUCAGGCUCCAUCGCGGGCCUGGAGGGUGUUUCCCAGCUGGCCUUGCGGCGCGCCACCAGCAUGAGGAAGACUUUCACCACUGGAGUGGCGGCCGUCAAGAAGAAGUCCCUCUGCAUCCAGAUCAAACUACAAGUGGACGCUCUGCUGGACACUGUGCGGAGGUCCAGGGUUCACUUUAUCCACUGCCUGCUGCCCAAUCCUGAUGCCCUGCGGGCAGGCAGAGGGGAAUUGGAGGCCCAGGGGGAGAGUGGAGACUCUGGCCUGAUGCAGCUGGAUGUGGCCCUGCUCCGGUCUCAGCUUCGCGGCUCCAAGCUGCUGGACGCUCUCAGAAUCUACAGACAAGGAUACCCUGAUCACAUGGUCUUCUCCGAAUUCUGCCGCCGCUUCGAUGUGCUGGCACCACACCUGACCAAGAAACUUGGCCGCAACUACAUAGUGAAGGAUGAGAAGAAGGCUGUGGAGGAGCUGCUGGAGUCCCUGGACCUGGAGAAGAACAGCUAUCACAUGGGACUGAGCAGGUUGUUCUUCAGAGCGGGGACCUUGGCCAAACUGGAGGAGCAGAGGGAUGAGCAGACCAGACGCAACAUCACCCUAUUCCAAGCAGCCUGCAGUGGAUACAUGGCCAGACAGGCCUUCAAGAAGAGGGAGAUCCAUGACCUGGCCAUCCGCUGCAUCCAGAAGAACAUCAAGAAGAAUAAAGGAGUGAAGGGCUGGCCCUGGUGGAAGCUGUUUACCACUGUACGGCCCCUCAUUGAGGUGCAGCUCACAGAGGAACAGAUCAGAGGAAAAGACGAGGAGAUCCAGCAUCUGAAGGGAAAGCUGGAGAAGACGGAGAAAGAGAGAAACGAAGUGAGAUUGAACAGUGAUCAACUGGAGAGCAGGAUCUCAGAGUUGUCAGCAGAGCUUGCAGACGAGAGGAACGCUGGAGAGUCGGCUUCUCAGCUGCUGGAGACCGAGACGUCUGAGAGACUGAAACUGGAGAAAGACAUGAAGGACCUGCAGGCUAUGUUUGACUUAAUGAAGAAGCAGAUGGAGUGUAUGGAGAUGGAGGUGACGGAGGCUCGUCUCAUCAGAACAGCAGAGCUCAAUGAGGACGUGGGCGAUGAUGACGAUUCAGGGGGAGAGUGGCGUCUGAAGUACGAACGAGCCAUCCGGGAGACUGAGUUCACCAAGAAGAGACUUCAGCAGGAGUUUGAAGACAUGCUAGAGACUGAGCAGCAGAGUAAAAGACCUCUGGAGAGGAAGCUGACUGACCUGCAGGCGGACAGCGAUGAAGUGCAGCGCUCUGUGCAGCAGCUGAAGAAGAAGUGUAGCAGACUGACGGCUGAGCUGCAGGACACCAAGCUGCACCUGGAGGGCCAGCAGAGCCGCAACCAUGACCUGGAGAAGAAACAGAGGAAGUUUGACUUGGAGCAGAGCCAGGCCCAGGACGAAGUGCUGAGAGAGAGGACACAGAGAGAGAAGCUGGGACGGGAGAGAGACAUGAUGACAGGGGAGCUGUUCAGUCUGUGCCAGCAGCUGCAGGACAAGGACAUGGAGCUGUGUGCCAUCCAGCUGAAGGUGGAGCAUCUGGAGGCAGAGCUAAAGGACCUGUCAUCCCAGGAGUCGAAGGAUGAGGCGUCGCUGUCCAAGACCAAGAAGACGCUCCGCGACCUGGAAGCCAAGGUCAAAGACCAGGAGGAGGAGCUGGAUGAGCAGGCCGGGACCAUCCAGAUGCUGGAGCAGGCCAAGCUACGUCUGGAGAUGGGGAUGGUGAGUCUGCGGCAGACCCACUCUAAAGACAUUGAUGGCAAGGAUGAGGAGGUGGAGGAGAUCAGGCAGUCCUGCAGUAAGAAGCUGAAGCAGAUGGAGGUACAGCUGGAGGAGGAGUAUGAUGACAAGCAGAAAGUCCUGCGUGAGAGGAGAGAGCUGGAGGCCAAGCUACUGUCUGCCAAGGACCAGGUGGGCUGCAGGGACGUGGAGACCGAGAAGAGGCUGAGGAAGGGCCUGAAACGCACCAAGGUGCUGCUGGCUGACGCCCAGAUCAUGCUGGACCACCUGAAGAACAACGCCCUCAGUAAGAGAGAGACCGCCCAGCUCAAAAACCAGCUGGAGGAGUCAGAGUUCACGUGUGCGGUGGCGGUGAAGUCUCGUAAGGGCAUGGAGAUAGAGAUUGAGGACCUGCACAUCCAGAUGGAGGAAGUGGUCAAAGUCAAGAUGUCGCUUGAGGAGCAGGUGUCACGUCUGCAGAGGGAGAAGAAUGACCUGCAGUCUCGUAUGGAGGAGGACCAGGAGGACAUGAACGAGCUGAUGAAGAUACACAAGGCUUCCGUCUCCCAGUCUGCCAGAGACCUGGCCCAGAUCAGUGACAUCCAGGUCCAGCUAGAGGAAGCCAUGAAGGAGAAGCAGGAGAUCCAGGACAAGUUGCAGUCCCUGCAUAGCCAGCUGGAGUUCCAGGAGCAGUCCAUGGUGGAGAAGUCUCUGGUCAGCAGGCAGGAGGCCAAGAUCCGCGAGCUGGAGACCAAGUUGGAGUACGAGAAGACCCAGAUCAAACGCCUGGAGAGCCUGACGAGCCGUCUUAAGGAGAACCUGGAGAAGAUGACAGAGGAGAGAGACCACCGCGGGAAUGGAGAGAACAGGGAGAAGGAGCAGAACAAACGUGUGCAGAGACAGAUGAGGGACAUCAAAGAGGAGAUGGCUGAGCUGUCCAAGAAGGAAGCUGAGGCCAGCCGCAAGAAGCACGAGCUGGACAUGGACAUAGAGAGUCUGGAGGCAGCCAAUCAGAGCCUGCAGUUGGACCUCAAGCUGGCAUUCAAGAGGAUCGGAGACCUGCAGGCCGCCAUUGAAGACGAGAUGGUCGACAGUGACGGAGAAGAUGACCUCAUAAACAAUGGUGACGACUUGGACAUGGACUCAGAGGUGGAGGACCGUGUGGACGAUGUCAAGUCCUGGCUGUCCAAGAAUAAGGGAUCCACCAAGACCCUGUCAGCUGAGGGCCAUCUGAAGAGCUCCAGAAAUGCAGUGAAUGUAGAUGCAAAGGAAGGGAAAGACGGUAAGGAGAUAAAAGAGAAAAGGAGGGAGCAAGGAAGGCAAAGAAGUAGACAGCAGGCCUACUCUGAGGCCACCAGCAGGGCCAGGAAGGGUCUGGAGUGCUGCUGGGCCCCACACAGCCCUGACUUUGACAAGGACUCCAAGGUGUUCUUCCUGGCCCCUAGCAUGCCGAACAUGGAGGAUGAUAUUAUGACCAGCAUUAGCAGCAUCACCAGUGUGAGCCGUGAAGAAGGAUGA